AUAUCAAUAUGAAAUUCUUGAGCAUUGGAUCCUUUUUGGCUUUGUCUGGCUUGGCGGCUGCCGGUAAUUUGCAUCACGGCGGAGCAAGCACUUAUACCACAGUGGUAGAACAUGGCGACAGUCAUGGCCACGGUUGGUCAGGACAUGGCUGUGGUGAUUAUGGUCAUGGUGGUCAUGAUCAUGGUCAUGAUUACCACUCACAUCCCCAAUAUGAAUUCGCUUACGGCGUUAAGGACUCUAAAACCGGUGAUAUGAAGGAUCAACGGGAACAUAGAGAUGGUGAUCAUGUCAAAGGUAGCUACACCUUAAAGGAAGCCGAUGGCACCACUCGUGUUGUAGACUAUCAUGCCGAUGCUCAUCAUGGUUUCAAUGCUGUUGUCAAGAAGUUAGGUCAUGCUCAUCAUGCUGAAAACUACAAUCAACAUAGUGGUUAUGCUGGACAUGGUCAUUAAGGAUACGGUCAUGACUCCAGUUAUGCUAAAGUGAAAUUGCAUUAG